GGGGGGCCCCGCAUGUGAAGCUCACAUGAAGCUCACAUAACGCUCGCGUAAAAAUCGGAGAUAAAUAUUUUUCGCCCAUUCGGCGGACGCGCGACAUCUUCGGAGUGGUAAAAGUUUUGAACGGUUAGUCAGAAUUGGCCCCAAUUAAGCCAGAAUUACGACAAAAAUAAUCUCCAACUGUGUCGCAGCUGCGCCCAAUGCGUCAUGCGGAUAAGGGGAAGGCCAAACUCUGGCGAGCUUGAGACCGAGAGUGUGAAGAGUUAAUCACACCGUCGAAGGAGCACACCAGCAAAGCAGCACACCGUCAAAGCAACACCGCGCCGCUAAACUACGUAUGCCAAAAAUAGGGAAGCAUUUCCUUUUUUCCUCCAGUUGUGCACGCGGAAUGAACAAGGAGGCAAAUGAGAGGGGCUCACAAAUAAGCGGUACCUCCUACACAGCACAACGUCGCGAUUAUGUUAAGGAGCAGCAAAUUGGUUCUUCUGGCGCUCACCCUGUUGAACCUUGCAGUGAGUAAAAAGACGAAAAGUUCUUUGCUUUACCAUUUUUUGGGCACAUUCAAUGACCAUUUAGGGAAGAACCACGGUCCGCUUCUUACACCGUGCAAGCAGAGAAAGAGAGUAGUGGUGACGGGGGUGCCAAAACGUACGUUCGCAAAAUAUCACCAAAAGUUUGGCCAAAGUGUACUGCACGCAGGUGUGAAUGGAGAACCUCUUACGGAGGGCAAGGACUCGGCGGGGGCCGCAGAGGCGGCAGACACGUUGAAAGAACCGCCAACAAAAGCAGCAGAAGCAGCAGCCGCAGCCGCAGCAGGCGCAACAGACGCAAUAAACAGGGAGGACUUCCGGCCGAAUGUGCUCGACUACGACUUCAACGACAAACUUGCGUCGAAGGACAUCAUUUCCGAAAAGAUGGAAAGCCAAAAAAACGAAGUGAUCAAAAAAUUAAAAAUGCCGAUCGUAGGCACGCAGCUAAAACCGUCGGGAGGAUUCACCAAAGAGAUACUGCAAAUCAUACGAGACAGCAAUGAGUACAUAAAUGAAGUGAACGAAGAAAUAAUAAAAGAUAAGAUAGACCAGAAAAUGAGCGGAAAUGACCUCUCUUUUUUUGAUACCGAAAAAACGUUGGAAGAGCACGAAGUAAAGUACCUAAAAAAAGUGUAUGACAAUAAUCACGUGCUGAACAUUUAUAACUUCUUACGCGUGUGGAGAGAAAAGAAAAAUCUGGACCUGUCCGUUUUCGUCUCCAAAAUUACAGAACAGUCAAAUCUUCUGCCAGGGGAAAGGACAGUAAUUAAAUUUUCUGAAAUUGAAAAAGUUCAAUUUUUAAAAAAAAUUAAAACAAACAGGAAUGUCUGUGUUGCUAUGAUAUUCGUCGAUAAUAAGGGGAAGAAUACCAACGAAGCUGCCAUAACCCAUAAUAUGUUUCCCAUAGGCAUUCUGUCACACCCGCUGGAUUUAUCCCUCCUGGAUAAGAGUGGAGAAAUAUCAGUGCUAAAUUUGUAUAGAUUUAAAAUAAACAGUUAUAAUGUCACCAGCACGGAUUUCCUUGUAAAUGCGGAGCUCUUUACCGACAAUAAUAAACACCUGAACAAUUUCGAGCUCACGCAAGAGAACAAAAAAAUUAUUAUGAAUCUGUAUGAUAAAAUAUUAGAACUGAAAAUUAAGUACACCGAAAAAAUGGGAGACACGAAGGAGAAUGAGAAAUUUAGACAUUUGGAGAAAAUCACCGAUCGGAUUGAUGAAUACGUGAACGUACUUAAUGUUAACAAGUCCAUUGAUUUUCGGAACAAAGAAUUGGACUUUUUCACCUCCUUAUAUUUGGAAUACUUUUCCUUCUUGGCGAUGGACAUUCACGCCACCAUUCCCACCAAGCUGCAGAUGAUGUACACGGACAACACGGAGCUCCGCCUGGACAACGUCAAGCAGUUUUUGAUGCAGGUAUAUGACGACCUCAAGCUUAAGCUGCGCGGUUUGUGA